AUGGGAAACAACAAAUCAAGCUCUUCUCGAUCAAAAAAAAAUCAAAACUUUGAAAAAAAGUAAGUUUAAUCCUAAAUUUUAGACGAAGAUUUCCUAGAUUACAAACCAGUUGUAGAUAUUUUAGAUGAUGAUGAACCUAUUGAAUAUAACUUCUAAAAGAUGGGUGUAGGUUAAAAUAAAUAAAAGUAUAAUCUAGACAAAGGAUUAAGUUUGGAUGUUAAGACUUUACAUAAACACUUUUAGUUUAACUCUUCUGCUAGUUAAUCUAUUCCAGUUAUGGUCUCAGUCAAAACUCUUGAUAAAACUGAAGAUUCUCCAAAGACAGAUUUAGAAGCAGCUAAAUAAGAUAGACUUGAAAAUAGACCCAACCUUGAUCUUGUUUGUGUUAUCGACAGAUCUGGAUCUAUGUCUGGUAAUAAGAUUGAAAAUGUUAAAAAGACUCUUGAGUACUUGCUAGAGCUUCUAGGAGAAAACGAUAGAUUAUGCUUAAUUGCAUUCGAUUCAUGUGUCUCUCGACGCUGCCAUUUAAUGAAGACAAAUAGUUCUAACAAACCUAAUUUAAUUAAAAUUAUCAACGAAAUUCACUGUCAUGGUGGAACUAACAUUAACAGUGGUAUGGAAUUAGCUUUUAGAGUAUUGAAAGAACGUAAAUAUUAUAAUCCUGUUAGUUCUAUAUUCCUUUUGUCUGAUGGGUAAGAUGGAGGAGCUGAUUUAAGGGUUAGAUAGAGUUUAGAAAAGCAUCUAUCGUAAGAAUGUUUUACUAUUCACUCUUUCGGAUUUGGUUCUGACCAUGAUGGUCCUUUGAUGAACAAGAUUUGUAGCUUAAAGGAUGGUAACUUCUAUUAUGUAGAAAAAAUAAAUUAAGUUGAUGAAUUUUUUGUUGACGCUCUUGGUGGACUUUUCUCAGUUAUUGCACAAGAAAUUAUUAUAGAUGUAGAACUAUUACUUCAUUCAUAAUAUAAAAAAUUCUUUUAGAAUGCUAAUGUUUCUAAAAUAUAUGGAGAUAUGUGGAGUGUAAUUAAAUAAGAUACUUAAUAUCGUGUCUAAAUUAAUUAAUUAUUGAGUGGAAUUUCAAAAGAUUUUAUUUUUGAAAUUACUAUUCCUGCUAAUAAUGUUGAAAGACUUGAAGACUUUGAAAGAAAUGCAGAAAUAGUAAAAGCAACGGUUUCUGCUAUUCCAGUUGAUCCCACUUAUACAACAAAGGUAGUUAAAGAUAAUAAUUUAGUUUUGACACUAUUUACUUAGAAUGAAAAAGUAGCCUAGGACUCAGAAAUUAAUGAUAGUGUAGAGUUAAAUUACUUACGUGUAAAGGCCUCUGAAGCCAUGGACUAAGCUAUGAAAGAAGCUGAAUAGUAAAAGUAUGAAUCUGGUUAACAAAUUCUUCAAUCUAUGAUUGAACGUUUUGAUAAGUCACAUCCUAAAAAUAAAGAAAAGCUUUAGCUCAUCAAAAAGGAUUUAGAAGAAUGUCAAUAAAAUGCUAAGCCUGGAGUUUAUGAAAGUGAAGGUAAAUUCAAAAUGCUUAUGAACAUGAAUGCAAAUCUUAAGCAAUAAUCAAGAGCAAUUGAAAAAUGUGACAUGUAUUAAAAUUGUUUAUAAUAAGAAAUGGUUUCUAAAGUAAAAGCAAAAAAAGGACUAUUUUAGUGA